AUGCUGUGAAAGAGUGUUUUUGCAGUCAUUGUAUUUUAUAUUUGAAUAACAAAGCUGCCUGACUUAACACUAUACAUUUAUAGAGGGUGAAGAUGAGCGCUGAGGCGGCAGACCGGGAGGCGGUGAGCGGAAGUCGGCCCUCUACACCUCCACAGACGGCUUGGUUUGAGUUUCUGCUUGAUCCGUCCUUACUGCAGCAGUAUUUAAAGAAACCCCAUCCAGACCCGUCUCCAGUGCAGCUGGUCAUCCAAUUUCUGGAACAAGCCUCUAAACCCUCUGUGAAUGAGCAAAACCAAGUCCAGCCACCUGCAGACAACCGGCGCAAUCGUACUCUCAAACUGCUUGCACUCAAAGUAGCUGCGCAUAUUCGGUGGGACCUUGAUGUGCUGGAGAAAUGGUUGACUAUUCCAGUGCUGAACAUGUUGCUCAAUGAGCUGCUGUGUGUUAGUAAAGCUCCUGCAGGAGUCAAACAUGUGGACUUGGAUCUGUCCACACUGCCUCCUACUACUGCCAUGGCAGUUAUAAUAUACAACCGCUGGGCCAUCCGUACUAUAGUUCUAAGCAGCUUUCCUGAGAAACAGACGAAACCUGGACCCCAUCAGCUGAACAUGAUGAGUCUAGUACAGCAAGAAAAGGAACUAACUGAGAACAUACUAAGUGUGCUGAAGGAGCAAGCCACAGACUCCAUAAUGGUUCUGGAGGGAGCUCUGAAAAUAAAGAAGGAUUUCUACAUCCACACACUGCACACUCUGGACCUGCUUGCAGCUGAUCUCAGUACAGCCAACGGAGAGACUGAGUCAUCUACAGCAGGUCUCCGGAUCAGUCCUGAUGAGCUUCAUUGUCAGGUGCAUUAUGAUUUGGGGGGGAUUUACUUUCAGCAAGGCUGUUCUGACCCUUCAGUCUAUGUGAAGGCCCAAGAGCACUUCCGCCAAACAAGGGAACUGUUGGUAAAGCUAGGGUCAAAUCCUGUACGCUGUCAUCUGGAUGAGAAGAGACUGGCAGGCUACUGGACAGCAUGCAGAAGCCUGACUGGUUCUGCAGACUCCAGCGAUGGACUGCUCACGCCCCACAGCCUCAUUAACAACUUCAUCAAAACCCAGAACUACCAGGCAUUAAUCGAGACUUUUAUUAAAGACAAUAUUACGCAAAGCCUGCCAAACAGCUUCAGACACUCAGUGGAGUUGGAGCUGUUGCACCAGGUUCAGCAGGGGGACAGGACUCUGGAUGAUGUUUGUCAUAAACUGUGCAUGUGUAAUGCGGUACGAGAUGCUCUGGAGGGUCAGGUGCUGGGCGUCCGCUUUCACCAGCUUCUUCUCAAACCCAACAAACGCACUAUUGGUUUCCUGCUAGAGGUGUGUACAAGGUCAUUAGAUAAGGAACACAGUUCAGAUAUAUCCAAAAGGAAAAUGGCACUUUUCCUCAAAAACCUUUGUGAAAGGCUGGAAGAGGUUCCUCUGGCCUACAUUGUUUCAUCCCAUAAGCUCUUCAUGGAGCUGCUCCAGGAUGAGGAAAAGAAAACUCUACUGGAUCAAAUACGGAAACGAUCAGCCAUGGUCAACCUUAGUGCCAAACCACUGCCAUCUUUCUAUGACAUUCCAGCUUCUUCUAAUGUGACCAUCGGCCAGCUGGAGCAGCAGCUUAUUCUUUCACUGGAUGCACGGCAGAUCAGAAAGGUCCUCAUCGAGCUCCAUAGCAUGGCCGAACGCUCUUUCUGGAGGGUGAACAGCAAGUGGGAAGUUCCAACAGACUACGUAAAUGUCAUCCUUGCUAUUAAGGAUAACCUCACACGGGACCUCUUGUACAUUCUGAUGGCCAAGGGGCUACACUGUGUUAACAUAAAGGACUUUGUGCAUGCACGGCAGCUGUUCUCUGCUUGCCUAGAGCUUGUGACGGAAUUCUCACCAAAGCUUAGGCAGGUGAUGCUAAACGAAAUGCUUCUGCUAGAGUUGCGUGCACAUGAGGCUAUGGGUGGUGUAGAGAGACCCCCUUCAGACCUGGUGAGCAGGGUUCGUGGCUACCUUGAAAUGAGGAUUCGUGAUAUUCCGCUAAGACAAGUUAUUGGGGAGGAGUGUGUGACCUUUAUGUUAAAUUGGAGGGAGAAUGAAUACCUGACGUUGCAGGUGCCUCAGUCCCUGGUAAACAAUAACCCUUACAUUAAGCUGGGGCAGCUCCUGGCCUCCACAUGUAAGGAGCUGCCAGGUCCUAAAGAGAGUCGACGCACAGCUAAAGAACUGUGGGAGUUGGUGGUGCAGAUCUGCAGCGUGGCCAGCCAGCACAAGCGCACCAGUGAUGGCCGGGUCAGCCUUAUCAAACAGAGAGAUUCCUCUAUCGGCAUCCUGCCCAGGAGUAAAUUCAUUACAUUUAUCAAAAAACUGAGAGAACCAUUGGUGCUGACCACUCUUAUCUCAUUGUUUGUGAGACUACACAGUAUUGUAAGGGAUGACAUUGUGAAUGAAGUGACUGCGGAACAUCUGUCCAUAUGGCCCUCGUCCCUGAGCAAUAUACAGUCUGUGGAUGUGGAGGCUGUUGCAGUAACAGUGAAGGAACUGGUGACCCAUGCUCUUACACUCAACCCCAACAACCAGUCCUGGCUCAUCACUCAAGCUGACAUAUACUUCGUGACGAACCAGUACUCCGCUGCCAUGCACUACUACCUGCAGGCAGGCACAGUAAGCUCAGACUACUUCACCAAACCUGUACCUUCUGAUGUCUACACUGAUCAGGUUCUAAAGAGAAUGAUCAAGUGUUGCUCAAUGCUAAACUGCCAUACCCAGGUUGCCGUUCUUUGCCAGUUUCUGAGAGAAGUGGAUUAUAUGACAGCAUUUAAAGCUAUUCAGGAACAGAACAGCCAUGAUUCUAUGGACUCAUUCUAUGACUACAUCUGGGACGUGACCAUUCUCGAGUAUUUGUCCCAUAUUCAUCAAAAACGGGGUGAGAUUGAGAAGCGACAGGUAGCUAUUAAAGCUAUCGGACAGACGGAGCUGAACUCAAGUAACCCAGAAGAGGUCCUGUUACUCGCCGCUCAGAAGAGAAAGAAGAAAUUCCUUCAGGCCAUGGCAAAACUUUACUUUUAAAGAAAAUUCAAAAUCUGUACAAUUAUUUUUGUAAAACACCUAAAUAAAUACAUUUAGCAUA